GUGACGCGCUGAGCGGCCUGAGCCGGUGGCGGCGGAUUUGACUUGUGGGGGAAGCAGCGAGCGUCUACAGUGAAGACCAAUCUCGCCAUCGUCUGCGAGAUCUCCUUCAGUAACUACAAAUGGAUGCAGUGGCUGGUGAAUUAAAGCAAGCUUUACCGUCUUUUGAAUCAAUGCAAAUACACGUGGAAGUCUGUGUUAAACAGAACAGUACUGUGAAGCAAGAAGAUGUGCGGGUGGGUAUACUGCAGUUGCUAAGUAGGCACCGAGUAGUAUUUGGAGAUUAUACAUGGAUGCAAUUCGAUGAUGAAUUUCUGGCAAGGAAUGUAAAAUCUGUAAGCAUUGUGGAUACAGAUCUUACAAUUAAAGAAAAACAGCCUAUUGACCUGACAAAAUGCAAUCUUUCAAUAUAUAUCUUUCGACUGAAUGAGGAAGGUCCAUCUUCAGAGAUUCUGGAGGGGGAAGAGGAGAAUAUGGCAGCAUCAAACAACUGGCUAUUACCUGCUAGUGAAUUUCAUGGACUCUGGGAGAGCUUGGUAUAUGAUAGUGAAGUUAAGUCACAAUUACUUGACUACGUCUCUACCACCUUGCUGUUUUCAGACAGAAAUGUUGAUAGUAAUCUGAUCACUUGGAAUCGAGUGGUGCUGCUCCAUGGUCCACCAGGAACCGGGAAAACAUCUUUAUGUAAAGCACUGGCUCAGAAACUCACUAUUCGAUUUUCUCACCGGUACCGAUAUGGACAACUAAUAGAAAUUAACAGCCAUAGUCUCUUCUCCAAAUGGUUUUCUGAGAGUGGAAAACUUGUUACAAAGAUGUUUCAAACAAUUCGGGACUUAAUAAUGGAUACAGAAUCCCUUGUAUUUGUUCUAAUUGAUGAGGUUGAAAGUUUGACAGCAGCCAGGAAUUCUUCAAAAGCUGGUACAGAACCAUCUGAUGCCAUUCGAGUAGUUAAUGCUGUGUUGACACAAAUAGACCAGAUCAAAAGAUUUCCUAAUGUGGUAAUUCUAACAACAUCAAACAUCACCGAAAAGAUAGAUUUGGCUUUUGUGGAUCGAGCAGAUAUCAAGCAGUACAUUGGGCCCCCAUCUCCAGCAGCCAUCUUUAAAAUCUUACUCACUUGUCUCGAAGAGCUGAUGAAGCGACAGAUCAUCUACCCCAGACAGCAACUGCUGACGCUAAGAGAAUUGCAAAUGAUCAGUUUCUUGGAAAAUGAUGUGUCGAGAUUGAGUUUGGCACUUAAGAAUAUUGCAGCGAAAAGUGAAGGACUUAGCGGACGUGUUUUGAGGAAGUUACCCUUUCUAGCUCAUGCACUGUACAUUCAGUCAACAUCAGUGACAGUAGAAAAGUUCCUCGAAGCUCUAUCCAUGGUGGUAGACAAGCAGUUUGAAGAUCAGAAGAAACUAAAUAGUGUGAACAGCAAGGAUUAGUGCGGCCUUUGGCUAAUAAAUAUUUGUGCAGCAUAAAAUUAUCCUUAAAAAAAUUAUGAAAUUGCCUUCAAUAAGCACUAUUUUACUUUGAUUAUUAGAACAGCGGUGGUUGAUGUUUCAUAUGUAUGUUGUUUCUUUCCACAUUGGUAAACAAUGUUUCAAUGAAAUUACUUGCGAUAAUUUUUCAGACUGCUUUUAUAGUUACCCAGCCAAAUGCUCAAAUAUUUUCCUUUCAAUUAUUCACAAAAUGCUGGAGUAUCUCAGCGGGACAGGCAGAAAGCAUCUGCAGUUCCUUCCUAUACACUUUUUAAAUUAUUCAGUUACUUCUUUCACAUUUGCCAAAACUGUAUAGAAAUUACUGGCCGUUUGACUGUAGUAAUUUAUUGUGAUGAUACUUAAUAAUCAUAAUCAUACUUUAUUAGCCAAGUAUGUUUUGCAACAUACGAGGAAUUUGAUUUGUCAUACAGCCAUACACAUAAAAAGCAACAAAACACAUUUUAACAUAAACAUCCACCGCACUGACUCAUCCGUAUUCCACACUGAUGAAAUGCUUUAAAAAAAGUUAAAUCUCUUCCAUUCUAUGUUCUCCCACGAUCGGGGACCCUCGAACCGUCCGUUAUCGGGUCGAUCUUGGCUCCCAUAGCCGGUGGUUGGUACCUCCGCGUCAGGGCGAUCAAGCUCCCGCAUCGGGGGGAUCUCGGCUCCCCCGCGCCGGGUGAUCGGACCCCGGGUCAGGGCUAGUCGAACCUCCUGCGACUUUGGAGCUUCCCGACAUCAGUUUCUACCCGAGACUGCGAGCUCCUUGAUGCUAAUGCAAUUAACAAGUAUUAUUAAAUAUGUACUUUAAGCAUGAGUGUGUAGGAAGGAACUGCAGAUGCUGGUUUAAACUGAAGAUGGACACAAAGCUGGAGUAACUCCGGGACAGGCAGCACCUCUGGAGAGAAGGACUGGGUGAUGUUUUGGGUUGAGACUGAAAAGGGGUCUCUACCUGAAAUGCCACCCAUUCCUUCUCACCAGAGAUGCUGCCUGUCCCGUUGAGUUUACUCAAGCUUUUUGUGUCUAUCUUAAGCAUGAGACUGACAGGUGUCAAUUUGUGAUAGGUUGUGUGAUGGGGCAGGACAUACAGUUAUGCUCAAAUUACUGACACAGUCAUACUUCUGUAAUUGAUUGCACAUCAGCUGGUCCAGGUCAUUAACACUAAGACAUGAUAUGACAUUUAUAUAGAUGUAUAUUUUUAAGAUGUCUGCAAUAUAAUGGAUUCCCAUAGAAUGUGUAGAAUUGAAACUAAUUAUUCAGACCAGCUGAUCUAUGGUGGUAUUUAUGAUCUGCAGAAGUUUUUCCUUCAACUAUUCUCCAAACCCAUCAGGCUAUCUUUCUAUUCUUUACUGUGCUGUUAAAUGCAUCUAUAUACCCACCUCAGCUACUCGAUGUAUGUUCUACUCUUCAGUUUUUUUCACAAAGCAGACAUUUUGGAUUCCCUGUUGAUUUAUCUCCCAAGAAAUUGUUCUUCAUUUGACCUCUAAAAGAUUGGCAGCCCCAUCACCCAAUGAGCAUAAACGUUCUUUAAUAAAUAGUGGGAGAGUCCUGUCAAUCUCCUGACACGAUGUCUUCUACAUUUCAAUGAAUUUGAAGAACCUUUUGUAGGAUUCAAGCACAUUUAGUAAAGAGGCAGAUUAUUUUGCAUUUAUAUUUGAGUACUAAUGUUAUAACCAUAACACCUAAAAUAGAGACUGACAGAUGGGUGUGGGGGGAGGGGGGGGUCAAAUCAAUAAAAUCAGUUUAUACUUGUAAUGUUGAAUUUUGCAUUUUGCUGACAAAUUUUUGUCCUACAGUUUUGAGCUUGAGCUGGGAAUGUGUUUUAAAAAAAUUAGAAGAUAUAAAGGGAUGGUAUAAAAUUUUAUAACCAGGUUAGUGUGAAUUUUCUGCGUGUUUUAUCUUGCUCACUAUAUCUAAACAUUUGUCAUGUAAUAAUUUGUUGAAAAAAACUAAGCUAAAACAAAAAACUCAUCAAUUUCUUCCUAUAAUUACUUUUUUUUGGUUGGGUUGAGUAGGGCAUUGCUUUUAAGAAGGGAUAUCUUAUUUCUAUACAAAUGUUCUGUCUGAUGAUCACUGUAUUUUAUCUUGUACAUUGUUACUUUGUAAAAUAUAACUCAAUAAUGAUGCAUUAUUAAGGUAGAUAAAUAAUUUGAGGAUAUGCAGUUAGAUAAUCCAAAGCUUUCUGUACAUCCCACAGUUGGUUACUCUUUAACGUUGCCAAAAAUGGUGAAUUGCUACUUGCAUUUUGUACAAAUGUAAUUAUUGAUUCAUGCUAUACUGUCCGAUCAUAUUGUAGUACCCUGAUUAAAAAUGUAAUCCAAGUUGAUAAAGUAAAAGUACAUGAACUGUCUUUACCUAUGCAGUAUUAUGUUAUGAGACCAGAAAAGCAUUCACAAAAAAUAUAAAAUGCAAAUUAGAUUUGACUUCCAGAACUGAAUAUUUUUUGUGUUUGGCAAAUUUGACUUUUCACAAGUUGGAGUAUGUCUGGGUUGCAAUACUUGUUUAACAAGUUAAUGUGUGAUCUUUUCAUGUGUAAUGUUGCGGGAAUUAACUUCCAUCUGUUGUCUUAGUUCACUCCAUUAGUACACGAGUUUAAGGUAAUCAGCAUUGUCUUUUCUCAGAAUGUUAGCAGGUUUAGAUCAUUGCUCCGAGUAUGUUUCUAAUUGUGCGUUUUGAAUUUGUCUGUUUUCCAAUUGUUUUGAUAAAUUGAAAAUAUCAAUAAAAAAACAAAUGCAGCAUA